CCCCUUGCCUCACUUUGGCUCCUGGCCAAGUGGCCAGAGAUUCCAAACCUUUGAUUGUACACCGGUUGUCCCUUAUUCACAACUUCUCCUCUUUCUGCAGAGAUGCUGCCUGGGAACUUGAGCCAGGGGCUUUCUCAGAAUUAUACCAACGCCAUCAACAUUGUGAUGCUCCAAUUUGCCUUUAUAAAGAUGGCAGAGACAACUUUGAGAAUGAAGGGAGGUGGAGCCUCAUUUUGUGUACUACUUGUGGAUCCCAAGGAACCCACAAAAGUUGUUCCACUCUUAGGAGCAACUCUAAGAAGUGGGAAUGUGCAGAGUGUGUAUCAACAGGUGAAAUACCUGGUUGCAGUAAAACCGUAAGUCCCAGAAGGCAUUUUUACAGAGAGACUGGGCAAAAUAGUUCCCAGGAAGAAAAUCCAGGGCCUUCCUUAAGAGAAAGGCCAGGACCCUCCUUUUUACAAGAAAGUUCAGAACUCUCCUCUCCAGAAAAGGCAGAACCUUCCUGUUGGGAAAGGAGAAGAUCUACAUGGCGAGCGAAGCGUGUCAAAAUCUCUAAACACCACAAAAAAAAAGAGUAAUAUCUCAUCAGGAGAAGAUACCAAGCACCACCAGGUAGAUCUGUUUUUUUUCCUUAGCUUGUGCUGAGAAAUGGGACUCCUGGGUUCUGGGAAGAGGAUGGGAAGCUAGCAAUGAGAAGAGCUGAUCAGGAGAUAGGACACCUGGAUUCUGAGAGGAGGGCAGAAUUAGGAGACAGAGGAUUCUAGGUUCAAAAAUGGGAACAACCAUAUUCCCUAUAUAGAUUUUUGUCAUAGAAGUUGUGGUCAUCAGAGUACUUCUGAUUUUUUUCUCCCUUACUUUCAGGGCUUUCUUUGUCUUCUCCUCCUACUGUGAUUUCUCCUGAGUCAUUCUGAUCUCAUCUAGUUCCCCUCAAUCUUUUCUUACUUCAAA